GGCGUCCUUGGCAGGCGCCUCACCAUGUGGUGGAGCGCCUGCCAAGGACGCCGCCACCGGUGGUGGGGCGUCCUUGGUGGACGCCUCCCCUUUUUUUUUAAAAAAAAAUUCAGAAAAAAGGGAGAAAAAACAGAGAGAAGGUAGAGAGAAGAAGGUGGUGUUUGUCGGGGAUGAGGUGGUGCUGCUGCUAGUGGUCUGAUAGGGGUAAGGUGGUGUUGGUGGUGGUGGUGUGGCAAGGUGGAGGGAGUGGUGAGGGAGGGUAAAAAAAAUCAUCACUACCAUGUGAGGAGGGGUUAAGGGGAGAAGGGAGAAAAAAAAUACAAAGUAUAAAAAUACAGUAUAAAAUACUGUAUUUAGGGCGUUAAUAGGAAAAUUUAGGGCGUCGUUUAGCAAAGUCCUAAAGAAUACACAACACUUUACUAAUAUCCACCCAUCAAAUGUUGCACAUACAUAUGUAUUCUAAUAUUGCCAACCACAUUACUUUUGAUGAACCACAACAAAAAAAAAAAAAAAGGAAAGGAUACUUUGGUCUUCUAACGCACCCUUUUUACUAGCCAACUAUUCGUUAAAUAUUUGAACUCUUUAUGCCCCCUAAAAAAAAAGUUGAACUCUUUAUGUUACUUUUUUUUUAACAAACCCAAAACAAGAAAUAUAAAAAAUUAAAUUUGAGUCAAAACAAAACAAUCAAAGAAAAACAGAUAAAAGAGACGUAAAGCACAUAAUUCUGAUUCCUUCUCCACUCUCACAUCCUCUGCUUUUUUUGGAAAAGAUCCCCUAAAUUCCCUCGCUUUUUCCAUGGAGGCCUCACACCUACACAAAUUUAUUUCCAUAAAAAGAAUAACAAUCACACUUCCUCCUCUUAAUUGCAUUCCCAUUCUCAUUUAUUCUUUUUUUUCAUUUCACAAUAUCCAAAAAGAAAAAGAAUCAAAUGUAAACCUUUUUUUAAUCUCCAUCAUUAAAAAAAAUAUUCUGAAAUAUUUCUUACCAUUUUCAUUCGAUAAUAACAAAAAACAUAUAUAGAGGUUUUCUGAUAUAGUUUUCAUUUUAAGGAGGGAGAGAUAAAGAAGAAAAAAGAAUGGAGGAGGGAAGGGAAGAAGAGAAUUUGGACAUAAAGGUUGAAAGAACGAGGUCGUUUGAGUAUGGAACGAAUACCGAGGUGAUUACAACAUUAUCACGCUAUGGAUCAGAUGAUGAGUUUAAGCAACCACUUCUCAGGAAAAGGACCAAUCAGACCUCUCAACUCGCCAUUGUUGGCGCUAAUGUUUCUCCCAUUGAAAGUCUCGAUUACGAGAUUAUGGAAAAUGAACUACUUAAAGAAGAUUGGAGAUCAAUGAAGAAUUUUGAGAUUUUUCAGUAUAUAUUUUUCAAAUGGACGAUGGCACUUCUGAUUGGGCUGUGCACAGGGCUUAUUGGAUUCUGCAACAACAUCGGUGUUGAGAAUAUUGCUGGCUUUAAAUUUCUCCAAACCAUCAAUUAUGUACGUCAAGAGAAAUAUGUUAACGGAUUUACUUACUUUGCUGGGUGCAACCUGCUUUUGGCAACUGUUACGGCAGCACUUUGUGCGUACAUAGCCCCAGCAGCCGCGGGUUCUGGAAUUCCUGAGGUCAAAGCCUAUCUUAACGGUGUAGAUGCUCAUUCUAUUUUAGCUCCAAGUACCCUUUUUGUAAAGAUAAUUGGCUCUAUUUUAGGUGUUGCAGCAGGAUUUGUUGUGGGCAAGGAAGGACCAAUGGUUCACACUGGGGCUUGUAUAGCAUCCUUGCUUGGCCAAGGAGGAUCACGGAAAUAUCAUUUAACUUGGAAGUGGCUUACAUACUUUAAGAAUGACAGAGAUAGACGAGAUUUGAUCACUUGUGGCGCUGCUGCUGGUGUCGCUGCGGCUUUCCGUGCCCCUGUUGGCGGAGUGCUUUUUGCACUAGAAGAAGUGGCUUCAUGGUGGCGUAGCGCUCUUCUCUGGAGAACAUUCUUCACCACAGCAGUAGUAGCUGUUGUCUUGAGAUCUCUAAUUGACUUUUGUCGACAUGGUAACUGCGGGCUCUUUGGUGAAGGAGGUCUGAUCAUGUUUGACGUGAAUCAUGCAACAACAAAGUGGAGUGCCCUAGAUCUGGUAACACUUGCUAUUCUUGGCGUCAUUGGAGGUGUUUUGGGAAGCUUGUACAACUAUCUAGUUGAUAAGGUCCUUCGAACCUACAAUAUCAUUAAUAAAAAAGGUCCUAUGUUCAAAGUCCUACUAGUCAUAACCAUAUCUCUCCUAACAUCUUGUUGCUCUUAUGGACUCCCGUGGUUUGCUCCAUGUACGCCUUGUCCUCCUGAAUCGGGUAAUGAAUGCCCUAGCAUUGGUCGUUCCGGGAACUAUAAAAAUUUCAAUUGCCAAGAUGGUCAUUAUAAUGAUCUUGCCUCUCUCAUGUUUACAACAAAUGAUGAUGCUAUCCGUAAUCUCUUCAAUUCUAACAGCAAAAAUGAUUUUCAUUUGUCGACCUUGUAUGCUUUCUUUGGUGCGAUGUACUGCCUGGGAAUAAUAACAUAUGGCAUAGCCAUUCCUUCUGGAUUGUUCAUCCCAGUGAUACUUGCUGGAGCUUCUUACGGGCGUUUAAUAGGUACACUUACGGGACAGUUUUGUAAUCUCGAUGCGGGUCUAUUUGCUAUCCUUGGAGCUGCUUCCUUCCUCGGCGGAACCAUGAGAAUGACAGUUUCUCUCUGUGUUAUAUUACUUGAACUAACAAAUGAUCUUCUUAUGCUUCCAUUGGUUAUGAUUGUUCUUCUAAUCUCAAAAUCUGUGGCGGAUAAUUUCAACGAAGGUGUAUAUGACCAAAUCGUUAAAAUGAAGGGGUUACCAUUCAUGGAAAUUCAUGCUGAACCAUAUAUGAGACACUUGGCUGCAAAUGAUGUUGUUACUGGUCCUCUAGUUUCUUUUUCUAGUGUUGAAAGAGUCGGGAUUAUCAUACAUGCUCUAAGGGCAACGGGCCAUAACGGCUUCCCUAUAAUUGACGAGCCUCCAUUCACAGAUGCACCAGAAUUAUGUGGGCUUGCUUUAAGAUCUCACUUAUUAGUGUUACUUAAAGCAAAGAAGUUUACUAAGCAGCAAGAUUUAAUGAGAUCAGACAUCAAGAAGAGCUUCAAAGCUAUUGAUUUUGCAAAAUCGGGUUCUGGCAAGGGGAUCAAGAUAGAGGAUUUGAUAAUAAAAGAUGAAGAAAUGAAUAUGUAUGUUGAUCUUCAUCCCAUAACUAAUACAUCCCCUUAUACAGUUGUGGAGACGAUGUCUCUUGCCAAAGUUGCAGUUCUCUUUCGAGAUUUAGGCCUCAGACAUUUAUGUGUUGUUCCAAAGACUCCAGGGAGGCCCCCAAUUGUAGGAGUUUUAACAAGGCAUGACUUCACACCAGAACAUGUAUUGGGCCUAUAUCCGCAUCUGAAGGUUCACAAGUAGAUCAACACAAUAGUUGUAGAAUUCCUCUUGAGCAUCUAUAGUUGCUUCCAUGAAAUUAUGAUAUUGUCAUUGAAGAUCAUAAUUUAUGGUUGUCUUGUUUCUCCUCCCAAUUGCAGUUGUAGUGAAUAGGGAAUUAGGAAGUGAGACACAAUUGUAUUGAAGCCAUGGCUGACACAUUUGUAAUUAUACCAGUCCAGGUCUCAAAAUUUCCGACCUCUAUCUUAUAGCUCAACUAUGUUCUACUAGCAAUUUAUGCAUGUGAU